CAUGAGGAAAUUUCAGAGCGAGGACGCCCAGCAUGCCGCCCUUCUGUAGGAAUGCAAAGUUGGGCCUCCUUUCUUUCCUGAUUUGUGCUGGAAGGAGCUUAUUACCUUUGGGGAAGGAUGCCUUUUGGUUAGAAAGAAUUGAAAAUCAUAAAAUCCUCUGGGAAAAGGCUCAACUUCAGAAAAUGAGAUACAAGACUUCUUUGGUGAUGAGGAAACGAUUACGGCUUUACCGAAAUUCCCUGAAAGAGUCAAGUAGCAUCUCCGGAUACCAUGGCCCCCAGCUCUCCGCUGCUUCCAGCCCCUCGGUGUUUUCCGGCCACCACGAGCAACCUCCCCAGGCCUCCCCAGGCCGUCCUUUGAACGGACUCCUGCGUCUGGGGCUUCCCGGAGAUAUGUACGCGCGGCCCGAGCCCUUCGCGCCGGGGCCAGCGGCCCGCAGCGACGCCUUGGCUGCUGCCGCAGCUCUGCACAACUACGGGGGCAUGAACCUGACAGUGAACCUCACCGCGCCCCACGGUCCGGGCGCCUUCUUCCGCUACAUGCGCCAACCCAUCAAGCAAGAGCUCAUCUGCAAGUGGCUGGCUGCCGACGGCUCCGCUCCCCCGCGCCUCUGCUCCAAAACUUUCAGCACCAUGCACGAGCUGGUCACUCACGUCACCGUGGAGCACGUCGGCGGCCCGGAGCAGGCCAACCACAUCUGCUUCUGGGAGGAGUGUCCGCGCGAGGGCAAGCCCUUCAAAGCCAAAUACAAACUUGUCAAUCACAUCCGCGUGCACACGGGCGAGAAGCCCUUCCCCUGUCCUUUCCCGGGGUGUGGGAAGGUCUUUGCUAGAUCAGAAAAUCUCAAAAUACACAAACGAACUCACACAGGCGAGAAACCUUUCAGGUGCGAGUUCGAGGGCUGCGAGCGGCGCUUCGCCAACAGCAGCGACCGCAAGAAGCAUUCGCACGUGCACACGAGCGACAAGCCCUACACGUGCAAGGUGCGCGGCUGCGACAAGUGCUACACGCAUCCCAGCUCGCUGCGUAAGCACAUGAAGGUGCACGGGCGCUCGCCGCCGCCGCCCAGCUCUGGCUACGACUCGGCUACGCAGUCUGCUCUCGUGUCGCCCUCCUCAGACUGCGGCCACGAGCCUCCGGCGGCCUCCUCCGCGGCGGUGGCGGCGCGUGGCACCGACCUGAGCGAAUGAUGUCCACCGCGUUGCUCGCAAGGUAAUCUCGCCCUGCGCAGCUGAGCGCCCGCAUCUCGCGCCCGCGACAUCAAAGGGCCCGCGCACAAAGCAGCGUUUCUUCGCCACGGUGCAUCUUCAUGGUAAGUUAGGAUUUCUAUGGCAAUGGGCAAGUCGCACUGAAAUCCUGAAAGGCCGAGCCUGGAGCCCGUCCAGGCUUUUCAUUAAGGACAUAAUAUUUACGUCUAACAGGCCUUUUUUCUUGUGUAUACAAGUAUAUAUUUUUGUUUGACGCGGACUAAAUCAUUUUCAUUUAAUUUCCGGUAAACAAAACCCACGCGAAUGGGCACUUGUUCCCGAUCAUAAUAAAAAUGGAUAAUAAUGUGAGAGAAGAAAAAGGCCGCUUGAAUCGCCGCUCAGCCCCCUUUGUUUCUGCUUUCUGCGGUGAUCAGAGGCCGCAUUUGGGUUUGAUGGCGAGUUUCUAAAGGCGAGGAAAUGGUUUGUAAGAGGGGAAAGAAAAGGAGAAAGGUCUAAUCAAGCUCGGGUUGUUCAAAGAGUCGGGUUUUGGGGUUGAAAGUGUGAGUUUGACGGUGCAUCAGCAUGCCGCGUUAGGCUCGCCAUGGAAAUGCGCUGGGGGGGGCGGCCGCUUCAAAGGCGGCACACUUCACUGCAGACACUCUAUUAAGAUACAUUUGCGCUGACCUUUGCUUUCACGCUAUUUAAUACUGUCACUGUGCUCUCCAGUAUAUACUUCCUCCCUAGGACCUGCCUCGCCCGCCUUUAGGGGUUCACCCUGCACCCUGAUGUGGGGGCCUUUGGCUCCCAGGACGCUUUCAGGAAAGGGAGGAGCUGGACUCCGGGCAUCUUGACUGAGCCCCAAAGAGUUUCAGGGUCAGGAGUAAAUUACUUUAGGGCAGCCUCAAAUGCUUAACAAAUGAGCACACGUCCCCUCCACCCCUCCAGCUCUGUUUCCUUUAAGCACCUCUCUAAAUCUAGAGCAAGAUGCAGGUUUGAAUUUGAUGGGAAGUGUUGGGGGGGGGUGUGGAGAACCACCUGGGGAAGUGUGAGGAGGUGUGAAGAGUUCACACUAUGCCCUUGGGACAUUUCCAGUCCAACUCCCAGGGCUGCUCUCUGCCCCAUCCAUCCCAGAAGUCUUUUGCAAUACCCCCAACUUGUUUCUCACCACAGAAGAGUGUGUGGUACCCUCAGGCCUGGAUUGGCCCUGGGCACAAACUCAAGGGCCCAAGGCCAAGGGGAUGGGGAAGAUGGCAGGAAAGUUAGAAGUCCAUGUUCCCUUAAUUGUCUUGUUGUUUAUUUUAUCCAAGUACCCCAGUGAAUAGGGGAAAAAUAAACAUGGUGGAAAAAAAAUCAAACAGUGGAGUCUUCUUUAGUGCCAGUCCUUGUGGUUGAAUAAAAAGGAUGGUCCGCUUUCUAUUGAGCUGAGAAAUCUUUGAAGUGGGAGUUAUUAUCUGAGACAUUCCUGCUUGUCGUCCUAACAACGCUGAUGAAACGUAAAAGGUUCUUUGUCAGCGAUUUGUUCUCCUCUCUGUCAAACUCCCUCUGCCCCGUUAGUUUUAAACCGUUUCUAAAGAGAUAAAAAUCAAACUUCUUAAAAAAAAAAAAAGAUACCCACACAUAUAGCAGUGGAUAACUUCAGGGCUAGGUCUUGCUAGGGGUAAAACAAAAGCAAUGCCUGGACACGGAGGUCAGGCCCUAGCGAAGUGUGCAGAUGUU